AACUCUCAGCUUCGGAUCGUGACCGCGGGGUACGAGCGGUCCAUUUUGCAGUAAAUCCUGAUCCUCAAGUCCCUGUAGCUUCAAUAGAUCUUAUUUAUCUGGAGAGAGUUAAAUUGGCUAAGAUGGAGGCUAGUAAUAACAACAAUAACGUGGAGGUGACCCCGGACGCAAUGGACGUGGAUCAGGCCCCUCGGCCGGAGAAGAUGUUCGCGCUGAAGAAGUGGAACGCGGUGGCCAUGUGGCGCUGGGACGUCGAGUGCGACACCUGCGCCAUCUGCCGAGCUCAAGUGAUGGACGCGUGCUACCGGUGCCAGUCGGAGGCCUCGGGCAGCAAGCAGGACGACUGUGUGGUUAUCUGGGGCGAGUGUAACCACUCGUUCCACAACUGCUGCAUGUCACAGUGGCUCCAGAAAAACAACCGCUGCCCGCUCUGCCAGAGAGACUGGAGCUUCCAGCGGAUCGGAAAGUGAUCCGGUGAUCACUUUUGUGAUUUGUCGCCGGAGCGGAACUGCCUGCGGCCGGCAUCAGUAGCGCAACUUGUUCUUCUUGUCGGUAGGUGGCAGCACUUAUCGACGGGGUAUCGACAAGGACCCAUCAGAUACCUAACGGGAUUUUAACGUGAUCUGAUGUAAGCCCGACUAGCAGCGGUUCAAGGAAGGGCGACCGGUUGACUCGUGGUUAUUUAAUUGCCUACUGUUUGCGAUGUCAACACUCCGCUGGAAAUGAUGUCAUCGAUAUUCUCUGAGCUAAGUAGGGUGGGCGUCGCCCAUCGGCGGGGCCCGUCGUGCGUGUCACUGUACCACGAUCGCACGGCGUAUUAGCGCUGUGGCCCAUAUCAGUUGGAUUAUGAUGCGUCUAUAUUUUAUGUGUUUCUGUUUGAAGAUAAUUUGCAUCCGGUAAACUAUAUUUAGUUCUACACACUUUGCGCUAUGCCGUUUUUUACUGAGCGAUUUACGCUAUUUUGGCUAGUUGCACGGUAAAACCAUGGGUUGCCCACUACCUAGGGUUGUUUCAUCCAUGAUCGAGCUGCACAAAUGGCGCUCAUUAGAUGUUUCGAAAGGAACCAAUCACUCUGUAAAAUCUACGAACCUCUGAUGGCUACCAAUAAGUUUCGCGUCGAUUUUCGCUUCUGUGGGUGGACAUUCGUUAACAUGAAUUCCAGUUGGGUCGUGAGGAUUGAUCAGCAUGCUUGGUUUUCGAGAAAUGAUGUAUUUACGUGAUGAAUGUGAAAACCGAUGUACUGUUGUUCAAUGUCACUUGUUGCUUUUUCCUGUGGUAUGUAGGAAUGAAUAAAAGGUCGGACUGUAUUUACUGUAUUGACUUUUAUCCAAAACUGUAGGGCGUGUUAUCGGAGCCCGUUUUUGUGAUGGGUCUUUACUCUUUUGUGCACAGAGAUUGUCUGAGAAGUAUGUCACUGAUCUAUCUCAAAAGCUUUUUGGUGGAUAAUUUUAUGUCGGAAAGUGUGUUCACAAGCGUCACAAUAGCGUAGGCUAUGCUACAGCUUCCAGGGUAUAACGGACGCUCAGGCUGAGCCGGGUAUACGCCCCUCUGCGAUAGGCAGUGUGUGGUCGAUGGCGGCCGCAGUGGGCGGGCCGGGUCUGUGAACGGGUCACGGAGACUCGGCACGGACAGCACGGGUAGGGAGGCUUCGCUGCCAUGCCGGUUCAACUCAGGAGAGGGUGUGCUGUUUAUGAGUCGCUGUGCAAAUAAGGUGCUUUUUGUGUAAAUAAAUCUUUUGUGCAGGCAA